UUCUACUCAGAACUACUGGCGCACGUACAUGCGACAGACUGCGACUCGAAGUAUUUUAACUUUUUUUCAGCGCCUAUGUAUUUCUGUCCUCAAGGAAUGAUAUGUAGUUAACGUUAUACCGCGACCGUAAAGGACAACAGUCGGUGAUCAUCAUGGUGUCCAUGUUCCAGCUGUUCCUGCUGCCUUUCCUCGCUCCGGUGCUCCACGUCACAGGAGUACAUUAUCAUCUGAUUACCAGCCCGCAGCCUUCAGUGCUGGAGAUCGGGACUAAUUUCACAGCUACCUGCUCAAUCGUCGACACGACCGAGGUCACAGCAGACGACCUCUACUGGAAUCUGACCAAGACCACGGUGCCCAGAGCACAGUACACCAAAGUCAACUCCUCAGCGCUCAAUGUCACCAUCGCCAUCAGGGAGGACACUCCCAAUUAUUUGUUUUGCUUCUGCAAGAAGCGCUCCGAAUAUGUCCGCCUGAAUGAACACAGGUUCCAGCACGGGAUUUUCCUCAAGACUGGCUACCCUCCAGACAAGCCGGAGAACCUGUCCUGUGUCGCAGUGCAGGAGAAAUCCCAGAUUUCAACUCUCACCUGUGAGUGGGAAACGAGAGGACGUUCAACCACGCUCGUCCCAACAUCACAGAAGCUGUUUGUUAAAUAUAUAGGUGCAGUCUUUAACGCAACACCGUCCGCAAACAAAGCCCAGGUCCGCUUCUCUGCCUUCCCGCAUUUCAUGUCUCUGGAAAUCUGGGUGGAGGCUGACAAUGAACUGGGCCGAGUGGAGUCCGAGCGCCUGUGGGGUGACGGCAAUAGCUUUGUGCAAACGAGCCCUCCCUCAAACGUCCAAGCCAUCUCCGAGAAGAACUUCUCCACCUCUCUCCUCAUAAACUGGACGGAACCGAUGCCCAAGGUGUAUCUGAGCUUGAAGUACGAGAUCCGCUUCUGCCGCCGCGGAGCCUCAGACUGGACCUACGUGCCUCUUGGGGACGUUUCCCACGACGUGCAGUCCUUCCGACUCCAAAAACUUGAGCCAGACACGGUGUAUAUGAGCCAGGUCCGCUGCAAGUAUUUCAAAGAGGACCAGGGUUACUGGAGUGAGUGGAGCGCCAACGCCACCCAGAGAACCCCCGAGGACCGACCAUCAGGGAAGCCAGAUUUAUGGAGAAUCAUCACUGAUCAUGGCAGAAAUGGGCGUGAGGUGGAGAUUGUUUGUAAGGAUCCUCGGCCUGCCAACGGGAGGAUCACCAGGUUCAACGUGAGGAUCCAGGACGAGAGGGCUCAGAGCGGCAGCGAGGGCGGGGAGUGGGAGAGCGUGGCCGUCAACGGGUCGGAGGGGGACCGGCCAGAGGCCGUCGUCCUCAAGACGAUCUCUCUUCCCGAAAACAAGUUUGUGAAAGUUCACGCCACUGCCGACAACUCGGUGGGAACGUCGCUGAAGGCGCUGAUGGGCAUUCCUAAGAAAACAAACGAGCUGGACCUGGUGCAGGGGCUCAGGGUGUGGCGCCAGGAGGGGAAGCUGCAGGUGGCGUGGAAACUCCCCCACAACAGGACUGUGACGGAGUACGUGGUGGAGUGGACGGAUGGAGACCGGAGGGACUGGCAGAGGGAAUCCAGACUGACCACCACACACACCGCCAUCAGAGGGAGCCUGGAGGUCGGUGUGUGCUACCGCGUUUCCGUCUACCCCAUAUAUUCUGGCUGGGUUGGGAAAGCAGCACAUGCUGAAGCCUUCCUGGAAGAAAACGAACCAUCGGGAGCCCCGGACCCCAAAGUGCAGGGCAACGCCGGACACACCAAGGCCACGCUGGAGUGGGAGAUCUCAGACUCCAAGCAGAAAUGCUUCACCAACUACACACUCUUCUAUAAGAGCGGAAAGAAAGUGUUGAGCGUCCCGCUGCAGGCGAACGCCACGUCCUACACGCUGAAUUCGCUGUCUCCAGACACGCAUUACACCGCCUGGAUCCAGGCGUCCUCCGGCCGGGGCUUGAAGAACGGCUCGUCAACCAACUUCAUCACUCAGAAAUACGCGCCCGGAGAGAUCGAGGGCAUCGUGGUGGGAGUGAGCCUGGGCGUGAUCUUCGUCUUCCUGCUCAGCAUGCUGCUCUGCAUCUACAAGAGAGACGUGAUCAAGGACAACUUCUGGCCCGAGAUUCCAAAUCCCGGAGAGAGCACGAUCGGGACCUGGUCUCCGGACUACUCUCUGAAGGCCGAGACGCCGAAGGAGAGCUGUCUGUCGGGCAUCAGCGUGCUGGACAUGGACAUGUGCGACGCCAAGUGUGUGUUCGAGGAGGACAAGGCCAGCCUGGCCCUGAAGAAGGACAAGUACCUGUCGGAGGAGCACAGCAGCGGCAUCGGCGGCUCGUCCUGCAUGUCGUCGCCGCGCCAGAGCGUGUCGGACAGCGACGAGGGCGGCGACGUGGCCGACACCACGGCCAGCACGGUGCAGUACUCGUCCGUGGUGGCCUCCAGCGGCUACAAGGGCCAGACGCCGGGCCCGCAGGCCCAGCCGGCCGUCUUCUCGCGCUCGGAGUCCACGCAGCCGCUGCUGGACUCGGAGGAGAACCCGGACGUGGCGCCGGAGUGCGGCAGGGCGGCGCGGCGCCUCGCCGGCCCGCCGGCCAUGGAGCUGCAGGACGUGGUGGAGCCUCUGGACUUCUGUCCCCUGGAGGAGGACGCAGAGGCGGCGCCGCCGGCCGCCCCGGCCUCCAGCUACAUGCCUCAGCUGGGCGGCUACCGGCCGCAGUGCCAGUGAGCCAGUGAGCUUCCGCCGACGCCUUUCGCCCUUCGGAGAGGGAUCUCCCAGUAUAUUGUUUUGCACUUAACCAAGUAUAAAUAGUCGGCGGCGCCGUGGCGAGGACCGGAGGGCCGCGGCGCUCACAUGGCAGACUUCCUCAGCAGCGUGUGUGAGCGCGACGCCCAACACACACUUUCCCGCGUCGCCUGGAGCCCGUGGCGGCGUCUCAACCCCCGAGGCCGCGGGAGCCCCAGUCCCAGCAAUCACUGGCUCCUCUGCAGCGCCAUCUGCUGGAGGAGCCUCCGCGCCGCGGGGACGCCACCAUUUCACAGCCCGGGCAUCCUCUCUUCACAUAUCGAGUAUUUUUACACCUCCGCCUGACCGAUCAGCCAUAACAUUAUGACCAGGUGGACCUGCUGCGGCCGCUGAUGCUGUGGCUGAUCCCUGUAAAUACACUGCUUCUGAAUGUAAUUCCUGUUGUGAGUUCAUACUGACAGAGACUGCCGAGGCUAAAGGUUCCACAGAUUUCAUUUUAAAUCACAGAGCAUUCAUAUGACAGUCCACGUAAAAUUACUAAUUUCACGUGUUAAACAAUCACAACAAGGCCGGAAAACCUUCCCCGUGUGGACGCCGUCCCUUCAGUGCAGCGGCUGCUUUGUGUUCCCAUGACAUUUCAGACUAAAGGGGGCUAAAGGGAGGAGAUGAUGAUGAUGAUGAUGAUGAAAACCACUCUGACACUUCAUGCACCGUCUAAUUAACUCGAGUCUGUCCAGGAUGGGUUCAGACCCAAUAAAAGGAGUUGCACUUGUCCUUUGAAGAUGUUCAGAUUAAUGUGACAUGUUUGUGUCCCACCCUGUUCCAGAUGUGACCGAAACUCCGAUCGCAGUUUGUCGCGUUCUGAUUUCAGCUUCAGAAACCUUCCCGGCGUUCCAUCUGCAGCUCAUGUUGUUUUGGAGGUGAAUGUGAGGAUUCUGCGGUUCCAUUGCGAGCU